ACAUAUCAACGUCAAGAACUGAUUAGUUUUUGGGCAUUCUGGGUAAAUCUUAAGGUGGCCAUUUUGGAUUUUCCGUCCUAAAAUCUUCACUUUCAAGACUUGUCUACAGGUUUCCAGCCAAACCAUUUGAGGGAUUCAUCUGAAAUUUUCAGGGAUGUUUCUACAUAUCAACGUCAAGAACUGAUUGGUUUUUGGGCAUUCUGGGUAAAUUUUAAGGUGGCCAUUUUGGAUUUUCCGUCCUAAAAUCUUCACUUUCAAGACUUGUCUACAGGUUUCCAGCCAAACCGUUCAAAUUUUUACAUAUGUUACACAGUGAUAAGUUCUAGAGCUGAUUAACUUUUCUGCGGCCAUCUUGCUUUCUUGGUCAACAAGACCACAAUGCUGUGUUUUAGGUACGAUAUUGUUCACGUCUGUGCCUUGUUAUUACAUUACUAGCAAUAUGUUAAUCCUUAUAUGGCAGAUUUCAGCUUUACUUCCAGGACACAAAAUUCAAUUAAUCAUUAUAAUGAUGUACUGAACAAAGCCUAUAAUUGGCAAAUCAAGUAAAAAAUAUUCAAGAAGUGAAAUUCAAAAGUUCUACCCUUGGCAACAAGGUGAUCAGAAUUAAUGUUAUCUUGGCCUAAAUGGUUCAGUAUAUUUUUAAGUUAAAUGAGCGCUGCAUAACCAUAAUAAUGACAUUUUACUCACAUGCCAUUUAUCAGUGCUUUAGCUACAGAAGCCAUUACUUUACUUGCCUAGGGAUGGCAUUAACUCUUGUCUCUAUUUUACACAUGUAUUUCAACUGGUUGUUGAUUUAUAAAGGACAAAUCUAUGCUAAAUAUCCUCGCAAUCACAACUUUGAUGUUAAAUUCUUUUCUUGUAAUUAACAGCUGACAUCUAUCGUAUACAGUGUUACCUAAUAGGAAAUAACUAAUGGCUGGGAAAGAUUCACGGAGUAGAGUAAAACAAUUAGUUAUCAGAAAAACCACUAGACUUGGAAUUUGGCCUCAUAAAGUUCAACGAAUAACUUGGGUUGUGAUAUUUUGUUUUUCUGUGACAUACCUAUAUAUACAAUGGAUGUGGUAUGUCACCUCACGGCUGCAUGGUGCAUCUAAUAAUCUAGAUAGAAAAAUUGAUGCCUCUAUCUUAACCAGUAAAUUCAACAUAACACAUUUAAACAGUAAAUCUGCAAUGGUCACCACUUCACCAGCUCUUGUAAAUAAGACACCUAGGAAGAGAAAAUCUGAGCAAAGGACGAAAUUGAUAUUAUUUUGGACUACUGUUUAUAAUAGUUCGGAUGUACAUCUUGAUAAGAAUGUAUUUGCUAUGUGUCCUGAAGUAAAGUGUCAACUCACAGAGGAUAGGAGUCUCUUUGAAGAGAGUGCUGCAGUUAUGGUUCACACCAAAGACAUUGGCCAGUUUCAUCUUCCACUGCCCCCUUACAAACCCCCACACCAUAUUUGGGUGUUUUACAACAACGAGGCCCCAUAUUAUGCUGGAAGGGAAGUCCCAGCAUCCUUUUAUAAUGGAUUAUUCAAUUGGACGCUUACUUAUAGGUCUGAUUCUGAUAUAUAUCACCCCUAUGGGUACACCAGGAAGGCUCUUCAGCAUGAACUUCCCAUGUUGAAUGUUACAAAGAAUUAUGCAGAAGGGCGUGAUGGGACCGUUCUGUGGGUGUGUAGCCACUGUAACACAGCUGGACGCAGGGAGAUGUACUAUAACGAGCUCCGUUUCCAUGUCCCAAUUGAUGUUUAUGGAUAUUGUGGGGACUUUAAUUGCCCAAGAGGAAGGUUCUGUGACCAACUCUUUAAAACAAAAUACAAGUUUUACCUAGCGUUUGAAAAUUCUUUAUGCUCAGAGUAUGUGACAGAAAAAACUUGGAAAGUUUUAUCAAGGUGGGAUAUGAUACCAAUAGUACUUGGCCAGGCCAAUUACACCGACAUAUUACCCAAAAAUUCAUUCAUAGACGUUCAAAAUUUUUCAUCACCAAAAGCAUUAGGAAAUUAUAUUCUUCAGGUCAAUGCUUCUGAUGAAUUGUACAACUCAUAUUUUGAAUGGAAGAAAACUGAAAAGGUUAUUGAUGAGAUAAAUCCAGUUCAUGAACUUCCUUGGUGUGAACUAUGUAGGAAACUUCAUCAAGAGCCAAUAGAAUACAAAGUAUAUGAUAACUUUGCUGCUUGGUGGAAUAUAACUGGUGAUUGUAUUGACCCUAAUAUUUACUACAGGGGUCACACCAGGGAUGGAAUGGAAAGAUUAUUCAAGCUGCCUGAACAAUACACUCCUAGCCAUGUGUUUAAUUUUACCAUUGAUGGUUUAAUGUCUAAAGAAUUGAAAGAACAACAAAUGCACCAAUUAAAUAGCAAAUGAAUAAAAUCAAAUUAUGAGCCAAUCUUAUUUGAUACACUAGGGAGUUUAAGCUACGCGUUUUUAAUUGAACUUGUAAAUGAACGUGUAAUAUUAUGAACCUCGGCUAUUGCUGUCCCAUUCUCUGUCUCCGACAGACUGAAUAAUUGUAAAUCCUGGUACUAUCAUUUGAGGCAUGACUAAUAUGAAAAUGUUAAAUCGUUGCUUCGAAUAUUGGCCUGGCAAAUAUAUAUUUUUAUACCCCUGUUAAUAUUUCUCAUUCAAAAACUUUCGAACUAUAGUAAAGGUGAUUCUUGCAUCUCCAUCAAAUAUACAUACUUUUUAGCCCACUCUGUGCACCAAAUUACAUUAUUAUAUACCCAAUAUGUAACACUAAUCCUGAUUGGUCAAUACCUAGUCACGUGUUCCGAAAUAGAUUUACUAUUUCCCUCGGAAAGUUAUAUUCCCUCAAAUGUGACGUCAGCGGGAAUAUACAUUUGAACUAUUGCCCGCUGACGUCACAAUUGCAAGUUCUAUUACCCUUGGAAACGUCUGCGCAUCAUCACUGUGCAGACGAAAAACAGAAAAAUGGUGGAUGAGCACAAACACAAAUCAACUUCGUUCACCAUGACAGACGUGAACGAUACAAUAUAAGCAACGUGUAUAAAGUUCCCUAAGCUCAAUACGUCUGUGUAAUUUCAAGUGUUAUGAUAAUCUAUUCCGCGUGUUAAACGCGAUUGAAUUUGUCAAGUGAGAGUCUCAGAGGCAAAAAUUUCUGUUGAGCAUCUGAUGACGUCACAGCUUAUAAUGCUAACAAUGGACCCGGGGAGGGGGCUUUCUAAGCCGUUUUGGCCUUCGCAGAGGAAACGGGACAAGAGUCAGUAUAGGGUAUAUAAUAAAACAAAUAGUGACUGCCUAAUUUCGAGCAAUUGUGUAAAUGAUUUCCCCUUGGGAAUAUCCUCUACAAUGUACUAUUCCCUCAGCCUGCGGCUUCGGGAAUAGUACAUUGUAGAGGAUAUUCCCUCGGGGAAAUAAUUUACACUAUUGCCCUCAAUGGCAGUCACUAUUUGUAUAAUGUAUAACAUAGCAAUUUUAUAAUUUUAUCUAUAAAUUCGCAAUGAUCUUUUACUGUUGUAUUACUAUUUGACUUUUUAAGUAAUGAGCAUCAAUGAGUGUGACCCUCUUGACCGACCUUACCUGAUGCACAAUAGUACUGUAGUCAAUUUCAAACAUUUGAAAUCGGUUACAUCCUACAAAUACAAUAUCGCUUCGCAGUACUAUAGUAAUAUAUUUUAGAAUUGGCAUCAUGUUUUUAGCAUCUAACCAUAUUGGUUGGGUCUUGUUCCCAUAGUAACCCACCUUUCUUGUUAGCAUAUUUGUUAACAUUACAAUAUAACAAUACGAUCUUAGAUUGGCUUUAUAUCAUAUGUGUUGCAUUUAUCAUUUAUUAUAGACAGACUGGGAAUAUUAAACCAAAGCUACCACUUGAUGAAAAUUGACUUAUCAUCUAGAAAGUUUAUUCAAAAACCAUUUAAAUGUCAUUCUGAACCUAAGAUAUAGGUGACACUUACACGUGUUUAUCUCCCGGGGUUUAUCCCAAGAUGAUAUAAUAUAAGAAUUAUUUCGUCGACAAUCAACAUGCUUUUGAUUACUUAAUAGGCUUUUUAAUUAAACAAUCCCCAAGUAUUAUCCUAUGGUUGGUGACAUUUCGCCAAUUAUCACCACUAUUAAAAUAUUUUUGAUAAAUA